UCGGCCUCAUUUUCUAGAAACGCUGGCCUCAGCUCUUCCACGCACGCCUGGCGGCGCCGCCAGCUAGGUCCGGGGCAGUCGAGAUGCAUCCGGCGAUAUUGCUCGGGAAUUGUUGCUUCCAAUUACGUUUUGGAAGGGGCAGCCUCGCCGCGGGGGGCCGACUCUCAUCAAGUACCGGUACAUGCUUGGAGGUAGUAGGGCAAGCUCCCGCUCAAGACAACGCUGACAGUUUCCCGGCGUUAUCGGUGCCCCUCGGCGCCGGACAUGGUGCGGAGGGUCACGUGACCGCGUGCACCCUUAAACGAUGCAGGGUUAGAGGAGGUUGCGUGCUUGGGACAACACGACACCGGCAGGCGAGAUCAUCUUUGAGCCUUCGUGUUACCAAGCCGCAACGUGUGCUUGGAGUGGUGAAGACCGAAGCAGGACCUUAACGUUGGAAUGGGAAACCCAUAGCUUUGUUUCCAUCUCUUUCCUCAAGCUCCCCGAAAAUCGAUGAUUCCAGCUUCUCACACCGCGGGCAAUAUGCGUUCGGGACGUGGAUAAGCCAUAAAUCAUGGGCGUUGGCUGUCGUCCAGUCUUUGGCAACGGCUAUCUUAAGACGUAACGUGCCAACUUCAGCCGGGCCCGAUGGUUGCCUUCCGCAUUCUGUUGGGCAAAUCGAUAUG